UUGUUUUUCCUCAUGCUUUAUGCCAAAGAUAUCACCUUUAGAUAUCCACCACUUUUUAACUGAAGAUAUCUGAAGGCUGCUGAGUCUGCAGGCUGCAUCUGCUGUGACACACCAUGCAGAAGAGUCCACUCUCUAAAGCUGCUUUGCAGAAUCAUAUGAGUGAAGCAGAGUCAUCUAAUAACUUUGAAGCCCUAGGAUGCCACGAGCAGCUGGAUCCAAAGGACAGCCAGGACUCUGAAGACCCAAGAGAAUAUUGUUAUGGUGGGUACCACCCGGUGAAGAUAGGUGACACUUUCAACAGAAGAUACCAGGUGGUUUCUAAGCUCGGCUGGGGCUAUUUCGCCACUGUCUGGCUGUGUCUGGACCUCAGACUGGGUCGGCGUGUUGCUGUGAAGGUGCUGAAGAGCGGAGCUGGCUUCACUCAAGCAGGACAGGAUGAACUUGCUCUCCUACGAUGUGCAAGUGGUCCUACGAGCCGACAUCCCUCCAGUCAAAGGAUCGUUCAGCUGCUGGAUGAGUUCAAGCUGGCUGGGGUCAAUGGGGUCCACAUGUGCCUGGUGCUGGAGCUGUUGGGACCUGACCUGAGAGACUGGCAGCUCUGUUUUGGGAAUCCUGGACUGACGCAGCCUUUGGUCAAACAUAUACUUACUCAGGUUCUGCAGGGCCUGGACUACCUUCACACUCAGUGUAAAAUUAUCCACACAGACAUCAAGCCUGAGAACAUCCUGCUGUGUCUAGAGGAGCAGUCCCACAAAGUACCAGCAGGGGACAGCAGCUGCUCCUCUGUACUGACUGGGAAAGAUGCCAAGUCCACAGAGAAGGAGAAGGUGAACCCAUAUAAUUUAAAGGACAUUAGAGUGAAGAUUGCUGACCUGGGAAGCUCAUGCUGGGUGUACAAACAUUUCUGUGAGGAGAUUCAGACCCGUCAGUAUCGCUCACUGGAGGUUUUACUGGGAUCUGAGUACGGCCCGCCUGCUGACAUCUGGAGUGUCGCCUGCAUGGCCUUUGAGUUAGUCACUGGAGACUCCCUGUUUGAACCCAAAGCCAGCGAGUCCAUUUCCCUGGAGGAAGACCAUAUAGCUCAGAUUAUGGAGCUGCUUGGUAAAAUCCCACCAGCUGUUGCCUUUUCUGGUAAAUACUCAGCAGAGUAUUUCAGCCGCAGAGGUGACCUACGUUGCGUCAGUUCACUGAGGUUCUGGGGCCUUUAUGACGUUCUGGUGGAGAAAUACCACUUUCUAUUGGAGGAUGCCACUGGAUUCUCAGACUUGCUUCUUCAAAUGUUGGAUUACUAUCCGGAGAGGAGGGCAACCGCUGCACAGUGCCUCCGCCACCCUUGGCUGACCUCCUGAUAGCCUCCUAAAGGCCCCACAGGCCUCAUCUGCAGUUAUCACAGCCAGAUACUGUCAGCAGCCGAUGACUGAACAUACCAGCCACAAACUCAAUCAGUGGGAUGUUGAAAAUGCAUAAGGCAUCUUUAAAGUUUUUGUACUAGAGGAAUACAAAGAGUUGUUUAGAAGACUGUUUUUCCACUUACACUGAUUUGAAUUCCUGUGGAAUAUGGUGCUGUCCUUAUUCAACACCAGAUAGCGAAUAGGAACCUUUAUUACGCACUUUAUGCUAAGGCUUCUCUAGUGUAGCUGUAGGUAUUUAACUGCCAGAUCUUUGAGUCACAUACGUAGCAGCUCUUUUGAUGGGAAAAUUAUUCUGCACUGUCUUUUGCCACACUAACAGGUCUAACAACUGCUAGCCAGUGUGGAGUCAAAUUUUAAGUGCAGCUAUUUUUUCAUGUGAUUUUAAUGGUAGUGAUUAAGAUUAUUUAAAAGAAAAAAUCAUGAUAAUUCAAAUUUUAUUUACUGUUGUAUGGUGUCAUGAACAGCCAGAUUAAGUGUAAUGCAAAUGUAUUGUAAAUUAUGUCAAGUCAAUUUUCAUUUAAUUCUAAUCUGUUUUGUUCCCCAUUAAUAUUCAUGUCCCAGAGAUCCUAUAUUUAACAUUUCUCAUGCAUUUCCCAUAUUUUAUUCUUUUUUAAAAUCUGUAUUUAAAUUAAUUUUCUAGACCUUCCAGGCAGCAUCCACAGGGCGACAAUUAUAUAAUUACAAAGGACACAUUCUCACACUUUAUUUAAAACAUUUACAGUCGCACUAAUCAAUGUUUUAACAUGAAAAGUUUAUUUAGUGACUACUUGUAAGGUGAAAGGAUUUGUACAUAGUGACACACAUAAUUUCUCCAGAGUUGUGAGCCUCUUUUAGGUCAUUGUUUUGGUUUUCCAAACCACUAUCUACUCAACUUAUAUUUCAAGACACAACAGGCAGCUGUUUUCAGUAAAAAAGCUAAAACAUCUACAACAUCUGUACACUCCCUGCCCAGCAGGGGA